CAUUAAAAAAGAAGAAGAAACAAGAGGGCGCCUAUGCCCCUCCCUUGCUUCGUUAGGAUGUAUUUUUUGUGUAGCUGGUUUGUUUAUGACGCGGUUCUCUGGUUCUGUUAGCUUGACAGCUUAUCAAGUGUGUAAUGUUGUGAAAAAGCAUAACAAAAAACUCGCUUGUGGCGUUUUUCUCGGUCGAUACUGUGCUUUGUGCAAGAUAGAUCUAAAAGAGGGUCAGGGCUAGUUAGCAUUAAGUGCUGCUUAGUCGUACGACAGGAUUACAUUUGUUAGCUGCAGCGUAAUGUUGGACCGGAAAGUUGUUAUUUGACGACUCCCGGGCUCGGGCAUUGGGAUAUCAGUGUUAACAUAGAGGACGUUACAAGCGCAUAUGUAAUACCUUUCAGUCAUUGGCAGAUUAGGCUUAUACACAGCUGCCUGGAAACUAGGCUAGCUAGCGAACUACAUUGACGUUAGCAUGGCGUCAGACACAAGUGACACGGAGGAAUUCUAUGAUGCUCCAGAGGACCCCAAUUUUACUCCGUCUCCACAAGUGUCUCCCGCAAAGUUCGUCAUUCCUUCACCUCAGCUUUUGCACAGUUCAGUAAACGUUGCACAAGAUUUGAGCUGUGCCACUUCUGAGACUCAAGAUGAUUCGUUACAGAUCAUUGAUAGUAUCAUCGAAGAGAGUCAAAAGGGAGACGUAGGUGAGGUGGCUCAGCUGUUAGAUCAGCUGCAUGUUGAUGUAGCAGCAGAGCCAAAUGAGCAGAAUAAUGGUGACAGAGUCCCUGGGGAGCUGGCUGUGCCAGCUGUUGAAACCCAGCUUGUCGAGAGGUCAGAGGAACAACGGAGUAGCAUAGUAUCAAACGGCGAGUGCUCUAUACCUGCUCUCGAGCCCACAGAUCUCCCAGGGCCAUCAGCUGGCUCACAAGAACAUGUUCAGCCUCCAGACAUCACCAGCACCAUAGGACAGAGUCAGCCCAGCCUGUCUGUUGCGGUUGCAGAAGGUGGUCAGGAGCCAAGACCGGCUGACAUCUUAGACCAGGUUCCCUUGACUGACAGGCCAGCUGACUCGGACUCCUCUGGGUCUUUAAAACCGCAGCAGUUCACAGUGGAGCCAGACAUUGUAGCUAGCACAAAGAAGCCUCCUCCCUCACGCCCACCCCCUCCAAGCGGGGGUCCUCCUGCAAGACCUCCGCCACCAUCUCGGCCGAAAUUACCUACCAAGAAGUCACAGGACUGUGUUAGGCCAAGUGGGCUGGAAGUGUCUGCUGUCAGUGUGGUCUGCAGUGAUUCUCUGGAGCCAUCUGGCCUCCUGUCUCCUGGCAGCACUGUGAGGAGUCUAACCAAAGAGCUGCAGCAUUCCUUGGAUCUGGCCAGUGCUACCAGUGGAGACAAGGUGGUGACGGCACAGGAAAAUGAAGAUGAACAGACCUCAUCUCAGAGCGGAGGACAGACCCCAGGCCCUCAACGUCCUCGGUCAAAUUCUGGCAGAGAACUGACAGAUGAAGAAAUCUUGGCCAGUGUGAUGAUCAAGAAUUUAGACACUGGGGAAGAAAUUCCUCUAAUUCAGGCGGAGGAGAAACUUCCUGCUGGGAUCAACCCUCUCACUCUGCACAUUAUGAGGAGGACCAAGGAGUACAUCACGAAUGAUGCAGCACAGUCAGAUGAUGAUGAGAAGACUCAGACUCCAAUGACAGACACAGACGGUGGAAAACUAAAACAGAGAACGACCCAGUUAAAAAAAUUCCUCGGCAAGUCGGUGAAGAAGGCCAAGCAUCUGGCUGAGGAGUACGGAGAGAAGGCAGUCAACAAAGUGAAAAGUGUUCGUGAUGAAGUCUUCCAUACAGAUCAGGAUGAUCCAUCAUCGAGCGACGAUGAGGGUAUGCCUUACACGAGGCAAGCCAAGUUCAAGGCAGCACAUAGCUUCAAGGGUCCCUUUGACUUUGACCAGAUUAAGGUUGUGCAGGACCUCAGUGGAGAGCACAUGGGGGCCGUUUGGACAAUGAAGUUUUCUCACUGCGGGAGGUUGCUGGCAACUGCGGGCCAAGAUAAUGUGGUUCGCAUUUGGGUCCUGAAAACAGCAUUUGAUUACUUCAAUAAUAUGAGAUUAAAGUACAAUACUGAAGGUCGAGUGUCACCUUCUCCUUCUCAGGAAAGUUUAUGUUCUUCUAAAUCUGACACUGAGACGGGGGCGAGUUGUAUUCCAGAGGACCCAGACACGGAAGAUAGAAAUGCCCCUUUCCGUCAAGUCCCUUUCUGCAAGUACAAGGGUCACACGGCUGAUCUGUUGGACUUAUCCUGGUCAAAGAACUUUUUCCUGCUCUCCUCUUCCAUGGAUAAAACAGUCAGGUUAUGGCACAUAUCCAGGCGAGAGUGUCUCUGCUGCUUUCAGCACAUUGAUUUUGUCACAGCCAUUGCUUUCCAUCCCAGGGAUGACAGGUACUUUUUAAGCGGCUCUCUAGAUGGAAAACUACGGCUCUGGAACAUUCCAGAUAAGAAGGUGGCUUUGUGGAAUGAGGUGGAUGGCCAAACCCGGCUCAUCACCGCUGCCAACUUCUGCCAAAAUGGGAAAUAUGCAGUGAUUGGCACCUAUGAUGGUCGAUGUAUCUUCUAUGACACAGAGCGUCUGAAAUACCACACGCAAAUUCAUGUGCGGUCCACCAGAGGAAGGAACAAAGUGGGACGCAAGAUCACUGGCAUUGAACCUCUGCCUGGAGAAAAUAAGAUUUUGGUGACAUCAAAUGAUUCCCGCAUUCGCCUUUAUGACCUGAGGGACUUGUCUCUAUCAAUGAAGUACAAGGGUUAUGUCAACAGUAGCAGCCAGAUUAAGGCCAGCUUCAGUCACGACUACUCCUUCAUAGUAAGUGGCUCAGAGGACAAGUACAUAUACAUCUGGAGCACUUACCAUGACUUGAGCAAAUUCACAUCUGUACGGCGGGACCGCAAUGACUUCUGGGAAGGGAUUAAAGCACACAACGCUGUGGUUACGUCAGCCAUUUUCGCACCCCACCCAGGCCUUAUUGUCCCACAGGAGAGUGGCGCAGAAAAGCCAGAAGCAGAGUGUAAGAGCCUGGACUCCACAGACUCUGAAACGAUACCCUCAGGAGCAUUAAAGACAGAUCACACAGAAGUUCUUCUCUCCGCUGACUUCACUGGAGCCAUCAAGGUUUUUAUCAAUGUAAAAAAAUACUGAGCAUUUUAGAGGCUCUUGGCUCUUCAGGUUCAGGCCUGUCUAUCAGUGAUCAGUCCUAAAGGUUGAGGACAACUUGUCUCAGAGCCUUGUAAGGUCACUAAGUAC